GAUCUAUCUUAUUUAGAUUUCCUUGAACGUGUCUCGCGCAAGUUAGCAGGGGUCUCGAAUGAGGUUCCCACGAUAGAAAUCUUUGUCUCAGCUUGGAAGCAAAUACCGUCGUAGAGCGCUAAUACAGUUUGUGUGGCCCGCAGCAAAGUCAUGAACAAAUCAACCACGAGGUUACUCUGCCUCUUAGUGACUGGAUGUUUCUUACAUAAAGUGAAAGGCCAACAGUGUAGCGCGACUGGUACUAACGGAAUAGCUGCCUGUCAGUGCAACUUUAUGGAGGCCUGUGAUGCACAGGGAAACCCGAAUCCCAACUUAGCACAAUACUUGCCGACAGGUGUGGAUCAGCUGGGGCUUGUCGAACAAGGACAACGAAACCUGGCGUAUUUGUGUGAAGGUGGUGAUGCAGUAGGCAUUCUGUAUGACUGCAAUAACCGGAUUCCUCUCUAUGCAGCCACCGUGAUCAAUGGGGCCCAUUUGACCGGAAAGAGCCUCGGGGGUCGACCAAAAAUUAAAUUUUCACAAAGCAGCUUACUCAAUCCAUAUUUUCAACAACAAAAUGUAGAUUACGUACGUGCUUUAAAGCGAGAACGUUGCUACACAACACAAAUAAGGAGUGAGUACUUAGUUGAAGAGGACUGGUUAUAUGCAAGUGGACGCAGAAAACGUUUCAGGAUUCGACUCUGUCCUGGAGGGUCAGUAGUCAAAACAUCAGUUCACCGCGGACACUUGAUUGCCUCACAGUAUGGCCGCAACAAUCAAGCAAAGAAAAGAGCAACUUUCACAUACACCAACGCUGUCCCCCAGUUUGGAGUGUUUAAUUCGUACCCUUGGAGAGUCUGCGAGAGCCGACUCAUUACAUGGGGAAAUCAAAACUGUGCUCAGGUGAAAGGUGCAACAAAUAUUCGGUUAUUCAUCGUGGUUGGUGCUGUCCCAUCGACAGUACGUGGAUCCCCGAAACGGAGAUAUUUUGGCAAAAGGGGGUUCAGCGACUACAAAGACACUAUCGGCGAUUACCGAGUGAACGUGCCUAGAGUCAUGUGGACUGCUGCCUGCUGUACUUAUAGCGACAAAGGAACAUUGAAAUAUCGCAGCACGGCCUUCUGGAGAGAAAACAAUCCGGGAAACGCGCCAUGUAAUAGAGCAGACGUAGGUUCCUUAACGAGAUGGUUGUCCCGAUGGAUUGCUGAUGGCACCGUGAGUUUCAAUUUAUUUCCGCAAACAUCUCAGUGCAACAAUAUUGGAAAUUAUAUCCCUCUGCCGUGAUGAAGAUACUUGACACAGCUAACAUAAAUUAACAAAGAUCACCAAGAGCUUAGAUGAAGCUCAUUAAAUUUUAGCACAUAGCCAAAUGCUUCAUUUUUUAGACCGGGGUCAAGUCUAGUAAGUUUGUAGAAACACCGGGGCUUGUGAUCAUGUUUGACCCCACGUUCAAAUUCGAGCACUCCUUUAUAGAUUUGCUCUUUAAACUCGAUAGUGAGUUGAAAAAUAAAUUUUUAGGCAGUUCGAUGUUUAACUUUUAUAUCUGGAUUUGCUAAAUGCAGUUAGCAUCAUUCACCCUUGAUCUAAAUUUAUCUUCCAUGGAAACUUCUUUCCCACUGACUGACACAGGUCAGAUCGUGCAA